GUUUUUUUAUAGCAUAAAUGGAAGUGAAUUAUAUUAUUAAAUAUCUUUAAUUUUUCCAUUGAAAAUCGAAAUCGAUUUGGUUUUUAACAAAGUCUGCUUGCUCCAUCUCUACUUAACUCCAGUUACAAAGACUCACCGGAAUAACCGCACUGCACACAAUUCCCAUCGGAACCCAAAAACGACCAACCAAAAACAAUUUGUACAGUUAUUUAUAUUAUUUUUAUAUAAAUAAAAUAAGAGAAAGGAAAAAUAAAAAUAAAUAAAGCCCUCUUCCUUGAUUUUCUCUUUAGAAACUGAAAUUGAAACUAGAGAGAACUUCAUUUUGACUUGUCUUUUCAAUUUCAAUGGAGUUUCUCUCUUUCUAGAAACUCCUCAGUUUCCCUGUCUCUUUCUUUUUGUUCUUGUCAGUUGAAGUUGUUGCUCUUUAUAUUUUGCGUCUGAAACUGCAAAAGAAAGGGAAGUAAUGGGUUGUGCUGGAUCGUCACAGGCCAAAGAAGACGGGGCUGUCAAGAAGAUUCGGAAGCCCAAACCUUGGAAGCAUCCUCAGCCUAUAACAAAGUCUCAGCUUAUACAGAUGCGUGAUGAGUUCUGGGAUACUGCUCCUCACUAUGGUGGAAGAAAAGAGAUUUGGGAUGCUCUUCGAGCUGCUGUGGAAGCUGAUAUAACCCUUGCACAAGCUAUUGUGGACAGUGCAGGUGUCAUUGUUCAAAAUGCUGAUUUGACAAUAUGCUAUGAUGAAAGAGGUGCAAAAUAUGAACUGCCCAAAUAUGUUUUGAGCGAACCGACCAACUUAAUCCAGGACACCUGAGAAAUGGAAACUAAUUUGCACCAUUUGUGCACAGAUUGAAUGUAAAUCAUGUAUAUUACUUCCUAUCAUACCUUUUAUAAGCCUUUUGUAUCCGCAUUAGACUUUUUCUGUUACUGUAAAAUUCUGUUAAACUGAAGAAGAGCGCAACGAUUGUUUUGGUUUUAGUGAAAUAUCUCAAUUUUCCCAUAAA